GUGCAGGGGAGCGCGGUGGCGGCAGGACGGCAGCUGCGGCUCCGGCAGCAGAUCAGAAUGGUCUUGGCUCAGACCUUUUCCAUCUCCCUACUGAUGUAAGCGCUGAAAACUGCAUCUCCCAGCCAGGCAGGUCCUCACCACCCUGGCCUCCAGCCCUGCCUCAACCUCCCGCUUGACUCUGUGUCCCCGUUCAUGGCAAUGCCUCAAAAUUCAACUGGAGAAAAUGGCUUUUGUUUCACUCAGACACUUGACUUCUCCCAUUCACAUCCUCCUCCUGGUGAGGCCAGCCGGGCCUGCGGUACCCCAUUGAGCAAUGGCACUGCAUCCUCUGGAGUGCCCAGCCCCUCUGAUUCAUGUGCUGAACCCCUCUGCUCCACCACCCCUGGAGAGGAAGAGACCCAAUUCCAUGAAGGGAUUAAGUAUGUGUCAACCGAACAGGAGGACUUGGCAUGCGGCUGGGGGGGGUUCACCCCGGGGUGCUUACAGCUCUUCAACACAUCCAAAGGUGUCUUGUUCUUCCUCUGCGUGGCCUCCUUCCUGCAAGGCAUGACAGUGAACGGCUUCAUCAACACGGUCAUCACCUCCAUUGAGCGACGCUUCGACCUCCGCAGUUACCAGAGCGGUCUGAUUGCCAGCUCCUACGACAUAGCUGCAUGCGUCUGCUUGACCUUCGUCAGCUACUUUGGGGGCAAUGGCCACAAACCACGAUGGUUGGGCUGGGGCGUGCUGGUCAUGGGCUUGGGCUCCCUGCUCUUUGCCUUACCCCACUUCACCACAGGACCAUAUGAGGCACGUUCGGCUGUAGAGGUUGGCAUCUGCGGGGGGAACCAAAGCCUGCCCUGUGCCCAGGCUGCCUCCAGCCUCUCCAGCUACAGGUUCAUGUUCAUGCUGGGACAGUUCCUGCAUGGGAUGGGAGCCACGCCGCUCUACACGCUUGGUGUCACCUAUUUAGAUGAAAAUGUCAAGACUAACUACUCCCCUGUGUACAUUGCUGUUUUCUACACUGCUGCAAUCCUUGGGCCUGCAGCGGGUUAUCUGGUAGGAGGAAUGUUUCUAAAUAUUUAUACUGAAAUUGGCAGAGAAAUUGACAUCACCCCAGAGAACACGCUGUGGGUUGGGGCAUGGUGGAUUGGCUUCCUUGGGGCUGGAGCAGCCUCCCUCCUCAUCUCCAUCCCCAUCCUGGGCUAUCCCCACCGCCUCCCAGGAUCCCAACGUUAUACUGUUAUGAGGGUGUCAGAGGCUCAUCAGCUAAAGGAUGGGAGCCACAAAAAAGCAUCGGAUCCGGACUUUGGGAAAACAGUUAAAGAUCUGCCUCGGUCAGUGCUGCUGCUUCUGAAGAACCCCACCUUCAUCUUCCUCUGCUUAGCAGGAGCAACUGAAGCCACCCUCAUUGCUGGGAUGUCCACAUUUGGACCCAAGUUCCUGGAGUCUCAGUUUAGUUUAAGUGCCUCUGAAGCUGCUACCUUUUUCGGUUAUCUGGUUGUGCCAGCUGGAGGGGGAGGCACAUUCCUGGGAGGAUUCCUUGUGAAUAAGUUCAAACUCCGCUGUUCAGGAAUCAUCAAGUUGUGUUUACUUUGCACGGUGUCGAGUCUCCUGGCUAUAUUCAUUUUCUUUAUUCACUGCCCGAACAUGCCGAUGGCAGGAGUAACCCAGACGUAUGAAGGAAGUGCUUUGCCCAGUGGCCACCUAAACCUGACAGCAGCCUGCAAUGCUGAUUGUGGCUGUCUACGGGAGACCUACAGCCCUGUCUGCGGGAGUGAUGACAUUAUGUAUUACUCUCCCUGCCAUGCUGGGUGCAAAGAAGUAUCCAAAAACCUCAGGAAUGGCAAGAAGGUCUACCACGAGUGUAGCUGCAUUGACAAAACCCUCCUGCCCGGCCCUGGUGAUGCAGAGGCAGGGAAAUGCACCUCCUCCUGUGCAAAAAGGUCCCUGCUGCUGCUGUUCAUGUUUGUGGUGAUCCUCUUCACCUUCCUGAGCAGCAUUCCUGCCCUGACAGCCACUCUGCGGUGUGUCUCUGACAGGCAAAGAUCAUUUGCACUUGGGAUCCAAUGGAUCGUAGUACGAACACUAGGAGGCAUCCCUGGCCCCAUCGCCUUUGGGUCCAUGAUCGAUAAAUCCUGCCUGCUCUGGCAGGACCAGUGCGGUGAGCAAGGGUCUUGCUACGUUUACCAGAACUCAGCCAUGAGCCGAUACACCCUCAUCGCUGGACUGGUCUACAAGGUGCUUGGGACAACCUUCUUCCUCAUUGCCUGUUUACUCUACAAACCACCACCACCAGAGUCAGCUGCAGGAAGCUCGGAUGCAUCUGAACAUGGGAACCACCAGGAGCACAAACCUUCGCUGCCGGCUGGAGAGGAUAUAUAGCACUGUACACAUGCAAGUGACUUUCUCAGACUCAGAAAUGCAAUGAGAAGGAUGUUAUGCUGUCCCUAGGGGGUUUAAUAGUAAUAUUAUCACUUCUUUUUUAGUUCAAGAUAAAUAAUUUAAUCAA